AUGGGUACGUAUGGCAUGGGAGAGAUCAAUGACAAAGAAAAUGCAGAUGGGCCAGGUAGUUGCAAUGAUGGUGUUGAUGAAGGAAAGCAGCAAUAUGUUCAACUGGAACGUCAACUGCAAUCAUUAGCUGAUACUAAUAAAAGCUUUGAAAAUAAGACAUCAAAGCUGCAAAAUGAAAUCCAGAGUAGAGACCUGAGAAUUAAUAGUUUGGAAGGCCUAUUAUCUCAAGCUAAGAAAGAGAACUCCAGACUUCAGCAAUUAGGAAAGGAUAUUGAAGAAUUACAAUGCUUGAAAGAAUCAGCGCAGCAAGAAGUGAAAAAACUGAAGCAAGAGCAAAAUGUUGGGAAGAAGGAUUGUGUUAUUUCGGAAUUAGAGCAGCAAAUCAAAGAUCUACAGAAGUCUCAGAAUAGAGAAACUUCUUUGAUGGAUAUAUCAGAUGUCAAAGAGAAUAUUAAAAAUAUCAUCAAUACUAGUUGCACUCAAGAUUACCAGUCUUUUGAAUUAGAUUCUUUAAAAGAAAAAGUAUCAGAACAAGAAACCAUAAUAAAAGAGCUCAGGAAAAAGUUAAAUACGCAAGACCGGGCACUUUCGGAAUCAGUUCCUAGUACCCCUGGCAGAGUAAGAGGGUCAUUUGUAGAUUCACCUCCAAAGUCUGCCAAGAAGUCUGCUUGGAAUAGUUGUGGUUCAACCCCUAUGAAAGAGUAUCGAGGAUUUAGGCACCAUAGUGAUUCUUCAACUUUCAGCAGUACAGAAGAAGAAAAAAUUCAGUUCCUUCAACUGCGAGUCAAACAAUUAUGUCAAGAGCUGGAGUGUCAGAGACAUAAUUCAGAAGCUUCUAAAAAUAGUCUUGAGCAGAAAAUGAAAGAAAAAGAAAAUGCCUUAAAAGCAGAAAUAAAACAUCAAGCUCAAGUAAUUGCUGACUUGGAUAAAGAACUGAAAGAAAUUAGAAACAAAUAUCAGCAAGAUAUUUCUCAGGCCAGCAAAAAAUUAGAUCUCACAACUCUUCAGUUAAGCAAAGCAGAACAAGUUAAGGUGCAACUGGAAGCUGACAAAAAGAGCCUUGAUAUGAAAAUAAAUGCUUAUGAAUUUUCACUAAAACAAAAAGAGGAAGAACUGGAAGAGAUUCAAAAAGCAAAGUUCUCUUGUGAAGCAAAAAUGCAAGCUCUCAUUUCAGAAAACUCAGAGUUAGAAAAAUCAUGUAAAGUUCUGCAAGACAAAAACAAUUCUUUGACUGAAGAAAUGAAAACUCUUCAAUUACAACUAGAGGGCAGCAAUAACCUAGUGAAAGAAAAAGAAAAUGCUUACCAUAAUAUCAAAAAGGAACUGGAAAUUCUCUCAAAAUCACAUGGAUUAUUAGAAGCCAAAGCACAACAACAGGAAGAUAAAGUUGCUGUAACUAAAGCUGAAAAUGUUCAUUUAGAAGCCAAAAUUUGUGACUAUUCUUUAAAAGAAGGCAUACUAAAUGAGAAAAUUGAAAUUCUGGAAAAGGAGAAGAAGGAAAUUCUGACGAAAAUUGCUGUUGAAUCUAAUAAUGUGCAAAUACUGGAGUCGAAGAUUACAGCACUUACUUUAACUCUGAAUGAAGUUGAAGGUAAUUUGUCUUCAAAGGUAGCAGAUUUUGAAAAUUUGAGCAAAGAAAUGUUGAACUCAAGAGAUUCUUAUGAGAAGAAAGUAAGAGAAUUAGAAGAUGCAAUUGCUGCAGCUGUUGCAGAAAACAAAGCUCUAGAAGCCAAAAUUGAAGAUUAUUCUUCAAGUGAAGUCAUGUUAAAGGAAAAAAUUGAACUUCUGGAGAGAGAUAAGAAAGAAAUGCUAAACGAAGCUGCUGUUAAAACUGGUAAAGUUCUAGCUUUGGAGUCCAACAUUAAGGAGCUAAAUACCACAUUGAAUAAAGCUCAAGAAGACCUUUCCUUUAAAGCUGAAGAAUUAGAAUAUCUAAGCCAGGAAAUGGCAAACUUAAAAGAUAUCUAUCAGGCCAAAGCACAUGAAUUGGAAGAUGCAGUUGCUGCAACAAAAGCUGAGAAUGAUAACCUUAAAGAAAAAGUUGCUGAUUAUUCUUUGAAUGAAGGCAUACUAAAAGAGAAAAAUGAAAUUCUGAAAAAGGAAAAGAAGGAAUUUUUGAUGAAAAUUGCUAUUGAAUUUGAUAAUAAGCAAGCACUGGAGUCAAAGAUUGAGGAACUAACUUUAACUCUGAAGAAACAUGAAGAUGAUUUAUCUUCAAAGGUAGCAGAUUUUGAAAAACUGAGCAAAGAAAUGUUAAAUACAAAAGAUUCUUAUGAGAACAAAGUCGGAGAAUUACAAGAUGCAGUUGCUGCAGCUGUGGCAGAAAACAAAACUCUAGAAGCCAAAAUUGAGGAAUAUUCUACGAGUGAAGCCAUGUUAAAGGAGAAAAUUGAACUUCUGGAGAAAGAGAAGGAAAAAGUUCUAAACGAUGCUGCUGCUGAAGGUGGUAAAGUUCUAACUCUGGAGUCCAACAUUAAGGAGCUAAAUAAUGCAUUGAAUAAAGCUCAAGAAGACCUUUCCUUAACAGCUGAAGAAUUAGAACACCGAAACCAGGAAAUAUCAAAUUUAAGAAAGAUAUAUGAGCUUUCAUUCUUUUAUAAACACAACAAAGUUGGAGAAUUAGAAGAUGAAAUUGCUGCAGCUGUGGUGGAAAAUAAAACUCUAGAAGCCAAAAUGGAAGAAUAUUCCUUGUGUGAAGCCAUAUUAAAGGAGAAAAUUGAGGUUCUGGAGAAAGAGAAGAAAGAAGCUGUAAACGAAGCUGCUGCUGAAGCUGGUAAUGUUCUAACUUUGAAGGCCAACAUUAAGGAGCUAAAUACCGCAUUGAAUAAAGCUCGAGAAGACCUUUCCGUAAAAGCUGAAGAAUCAGAACAUCUAAGCCAGGAAAUGACAAACUUAAAAGAUACGUAUUAUAACAAAGUCCGGGAAUUAGAAGAUGUAGUUGCUGCGGCUGUGGCAGAAAGCAAAACUCUAGAAGCAAAAAUUCAAGAAUAUACUUUGAAUGAAACCAUAUUAAAGGAGAAAAUUGCACUUCUGGAGAAAGAAAAGGAAGAAGUUCUAAACGAAGCUGCUGUUGGAGGUGGAAAAGUUCUUACUCUGGAGUCCAAUAUUAGGGAGCUAAAUAUUGCAUUGAAUGAUGCUCAAGAAGUCCUUUCCUCAAAAUCAGAACAAUUAGAACAUUUAAGCCGGGAAAUAUCAAAUUUAAAACAGAUGCACGAGAACAAAGUCCGAGAAUUAGAAGAUGUAGUUGCUGCGGCUGUGGGAGAAAGCAAAACUCUGGAAGACAAAAUUGAAGAAUAUUCUUUGAAUGAAGCCAUGUUAAAGGAGAAAAUUGAACUUCUGGAGAAAGAAAAGGAAGAAAUUCUAAACGAUAGUGCUACUGUAAGGCGGCAAAGUUCUAUUUCUGGAGUCCUAACAUUGAAGAGCUUAAUACCGCAUUGAAUGAAGCUCAAGAAGUCCUUUCCUUAAAUAUUGAAAAAUUGGAACAUCUAAGCCAGGAAAUAUCACAUUUAAAAGAAUUGCAUGAG